AUGGAGGUGGAGGAGGAGGAAAGACGCUCUCCACACGAUCAUGGGGAUCCGUGUGUUCCCGAGAGCUUCUUUGAUCGCGUAACGCAAGGGUUACGCAACGAUCUCGAACAUGAGCAGGACAGGCGUCUCCAAAUGGCGGAAACUGUCUUGAAGCAUCGAGCUGAGUUUGCCUUUGCUCAGCUUGAGAACGAGAGAUCUCUGACAUCUCUUCGUGACGAGCUAAGGGUAGCUCGUGGGAUUGCUGAUCGGUCUCGGGAUGAGAUAGCUGCUCUUCAGACCCUUGUUGAUGCCCACCAUCGGGAGCACAAGGCUCUCUGCGAGAUGCUUGAGCGCAAGGGCGUUCUUCAUCGGAAGAAGCAGCGAACUGAUGGUACGGCUUCAGCAGACCAACGUAAAACGUGGGAUGCGUUCGCAUCUUACGUGGCAACUCGAUCGUGUAUGCAUUGCCUAGGCGGUGCAAUACACGAAAUGGGCCGAUGUACUUGGGUAGUAGUUUACUGCUAUCCAAGUUAG